CCUUUAAAUGGUGAAAUCAAAUCUUUAUUCACUUAGAUGUCUCAAUAAACAGUUGCAUGACUGGUCGAGUCUGGACAAAGAAUGAGUGGAUCUGUCAGGACUGAUCACCGAAACAUUCCCAUAUUUCCAUUGUUGGAAAAGGAAGAUGUUUCAGCAGCUUCAGGAAAUCAGGUUUUGACUGCCGGUUGCCUUCAACUCCACCCUUCACACAAACUGGUUGCUAAUGAAAUAGUUUUGAAGAAAAGAGUGUUAUUUCCUUACCUACAACUUUUUCAUUGAAAGUUUCACUUCCCACACAGAAGAAAAAAGUGUGUAUUUCACACUGCUAAUAAUUUCCUCUCAAUCUGGCCAGGUAGUAAAGAGAAAAUUACAGUUGUUUACUUUGAUUAAACCUUUGGAGGAAGAAAUUAGCAGCUGUUCAAGGAGAUCUGCAGAGAAGAGAUCUGAAGUUGGAGAAUUAUCUUUUUUUUUUUCUUGUAAAGGAAGAGAAGAAAGAGACAAUCCAUGUUGGUCUCUUUUCAGUGGCUCAGGGUCACAACAAUAAGGUCUGUUUCUAUGAACACUGAAGGCAAUUGAACAGCUACUGGUGGCUUAAGUGAAGCUGAGAAAAGAACCCUGCAGAUUCUCUACUUUUUCUUAUCUCAGGCCCUUUUGCUCAGGCACUCGAGGCAAACGAAGCUACGGAGGUCAAAAUGCUGGCCGUGAGGAAGCGGAGCCUCAAAAUGUUUACGCUAGCCUUACUUUUCAUUGUCACUAUCACAUCGUUCUUGCUCAACUACACACACAGUGCAGUCGCAGUCACCUGGGACCCCAAGCAAAUCGUCUACCAGUUUUCAGAGCAGUUUAAAAAACUGAUGAAAUACUCAAGGAGGCCGUGUGGCUGCAACACAUGUGUUUCUGAACAAGGGGUUUCGCUUUGGUUCGACGAGAGGUUUAACCAAACUAUGCAGCCUUUCUUGACCACACGGAAUGCCUUCGUGCCUGAAGAUAGCUACAAGUGGUGGCUGAAACUACAAGGAGAAAGAAGUCCAAAGGGGAUUAAUGAGACCAUCCAGGAGCUGUUUGAGAUUAUUCCUGGAGACAGGGAUCAGCUUUUGGAGAGAAGCAAUUCACGGUGCAGGAGAUGUGCAGUAGUGGGGAAUUCAGGCAACCUUAAGCAGUCACAGUAUGGCCAAGAUAUCAACAGCCAUGACUUUGUGUUUAGAAUGAACAAAGCCCCAACAGUUGGCUUUGAGUCGGACGUUGGCUGCAAAACCACUCACCAUUUUGUGUACCCAGAGAGCUACAGAGAGCUGGGGGAGAAUGUCAGCAUGGUCCUCAUCCCUUUCAAGACCCUGGAUCUGCGCUGGGUCAUCAGUGCCCUCACCACGGGCACCAUCAACCACACAUACAUUCCAGUUCCCCGUAAAAUUAAAGUCAACAAAGACAAGAUCUUGGUUUAUCAUCCUGUCUUCAUAAAAUACGUUUAUGACAACUGGCUGCAACAUCAUGGGAGAUACCCCUCAACAGGUUUCCUGUCUGUUAUAUUUGCUCUGCAUGUCUGUGAUGAGGUGGAUCUCUAUGGCUUUGGGGCAGAUAGCAAAGGGAACUGGCACCACUACUGGGAGAACAACCCAUCUGCUGGGGCUUUCCGGCAGACAGGCGUCCAUGACGGUGAUUUUGAAUCCAACAUAACAUUGACUCUUGCCUCAAUUGACAAAAUACGCUUCUUCAAGGGCAGAUGACCCUGGUUACAGGGAGAAUGGUGAUCUCCAGCUGCAGGGGUUAUGGAUACAUUUAUAAAAAAGAAAAUAUAGGAAGUCUCAAAGAGGAUUGUGUCUCCCACCACCUCAGCUGACAAAGCCACAAUGAACUGUUGGUUGGUGUUAGCAAGCAGCAUUGAUCAACACUAUGUAUUGGCUUCCAUUUCCUUAUUGGUAUUUGAAAGACAUGGAAGAAACCUUUAAAAGGUGCUGAGAAAAAGACUUCCUGCCUUCAUGAGACUCCCUUUGCAAGGUGUCUAAGUCCUGAAACCUCAUCAUGGGCACGUUAAAAAGAAAGUGAUCCCCCUCUCUCCAAUUUCUGAAUACAUAUCUCAAGCUUUCUCUGAGGAAAAACACAACAGAAGAUAUGCACAUAAAAACAACAAGCAGCUUGCGGGAUUUCCCUCUAGUGGAGGUGAGACACCCUCUUGAUUCCAAGAUUACCUCAAAGAAGCUUAUUCUGUUCUUGAUCUUUCCUUUGGAGCAUCCAUUCAAAGCUUACCAGUUCACAUCCUGUAUUUUGAACAGCUAUAACUUUGUCUCCUGUGGGCAACCUUGGUUCCAGCCUGCACUUACCACCAUCAGGGGUAUUUGAAUGAAACUCUUCCAUUUCCAGAUAUUAUUUUUGUGAGAAGCAUAGUAAUAGUCCUCAUAGCCAUAAGAAAGAAGGAAAGGUGGGAGAGAUUAUAAAGGAAGAUGUUGGAAUAAACUAGUCACUAUUGUUUACUUCUUCUUAAAAAAUGUCCUUUGAGCUGCUACUCAACUCUGAACUCUCUUUCAAUGCUGAGUAUUUGACUGAAAUAUUUUUAUAUCUCUCUCUGCAUACCUACCUACCUACCUACAUAAGCACCUAUAUACAUACACAUCUGUCAUUGACACGUGCCUUUAUAAAACACUUGUAAAAUGAGAGUUACUUGUCUGUUUAGCUCCAUCAAAAACUGAAAUCUCUCGCUUAAAACCUUUUGAAUGAAAAUACAUGAUCAAAGCUCAAGUCCACUUGAUUUAUACUUUUGUUUUGACUCCUUUCUUCUCUUGGCUUGAAAUGUCCAAACACCACAGCAUGUGGUGAGGAAUAUUUGUGAUUUAUUUUGGCAGCGAUAAAUAUUUUUGCCUUAUUUUAAAAAAAAAAUUAAAAAAAAUCAAAAAGAAGAUUUCUCCCAUACCUAUAUUUUUAAUAACUGUGGUUGAUGAUUCCUUCAGAAAAGCAGGGUUCCCACUAUGGUAUGUGAACUGAGUGGUUCAUAAAAACAGGCAAUACAUGUUGCAUCAUAUUUCAAGAAAGAUGUUCAUAGCAAGCAAAUGUUCAUCUUGGGGAGAAAAAUCUCUCUGAACAUAAUGGGACUUACUUCUGAGUAGACAUGUUAUCAGAAUGCAUUGUGAAACUUAAGAAUAAAAUGAAGAAAAGAUAAUCAACAAGUGUCCAAGGUGCAACGGCCUUUGGAAAGUGGUUUGGCUUCAAAAGGAUGUCAUCUGACACAAUAUUCUGGAAAAUAUGGUCUUGAGGAGAAUAAAGAGGGAUAAAACAAUCAUUGAGAAGGUUGUAUCAGAGGAAUGAAUCUUAGUGAUGUUAACAACAUGGCUUCAUAACAGCUUUAAGAAAAUGAAGAUGGAUUAAACAACUUUAAAGUUACCUUAUAUUACAAGACAUGGGACCUGUUGACUUGAGGAGAAAGGGACAGUGUCAGAUUGGACUGCUUUUUGAGACACAUUUUAUCGAAAAUCUAGAUGGUUGAGGUCCAGACACAACAUCAUCAUCACCAUUAGAGAAAUCUUUGCAUAAGAUUUCUUUUGAGAAAUGUGUUCCCAUAAUUUUUCUCCCAAGGACCAAACUACACAGUACAAGAAAUCCAUUUUCUUCUUCUGGGUGUUGUUACUUUUUAAAGCUUAAACAAAUUAUUGAUCAAUUGGACAUUGAAUUAGGAGGCCCCACUUCAAACCAGGUGCUUUGUGUUCAAUCCUAGCUGUGCAUUUGCCUGGCGCGCUUCCUCGGCAUCAUGAAAUCGGUGGCUCCCUCUAGCGUUACUGAAUCAUUCAGGAGAAUGAAUUUCCUCUUAAUGCAAAGUUUCCGUUAAGAGGAAAUUCACUCUCCCUGAACAAUUCCAAGAUCCUAGAGGGAGCUAAUGAUUCCAUAAUGCUAAGGAAACCCACCAGGUAUUCAUACAUGCGUUUUUCUCCAAUGAUCCAGGGAUGAUUGACAGAUGGUAAGCCCUAGUGUGAUCAUAUUUUGCAGUAGCACAUCCAUCAAUGAUUAUUAUAUUAUGUGAAGAUGUACUUAAGUGAAGACUUACUCUUGUAUGCCCAUGUUGUACAGUGCAUCAUUGUUACUGAAUAGCUUGGAAAGUUAUGCAGGAUGGAAGGUUUUCUCCAAAUCAUGCAUAAUGAACCCUCUCCACCUCUUUUCCCCUCCAGAUUAAAAAUUCAACAGGUGAAGAAUCAUUUCUCUUCUGAACUCCAUAUCCAUGCCCUCCAAAGAUUUGUCUUCUGAAAUUCUGCUGCCCAAGCAGCUGUUAAAGAUAGGGGAGUCCUGAUAAGGGGGAAUUUGGAGAAACCAGAGCUGAUUUUCAUGCAAAGUGAGCUGUUUGCUUUUUCCAAAGAGCAGUUUCUUCUGCCAACACUGCUUUUCUUUAUUAUUUAAACUCCUGUGAGUUUUUAGAAACCACUAGAAAUGAAGCCUCCAGUGGAGGCUACGUUUACCAACAUUUAACUAAUCUUGCUCUUAUUUAUUUUUGUUUUGUU